AUGAGGAGGGCCUUAAAAAAGAAGAAAAUAAAUGAUAAAUUGGGGAAACUAGUAUUCAAUGGCUUAGUGCGGAUGCAAUAAAUAAUGAUCAGAAACAAAAUUGAGCCAACACUAUUUAAUCUCAUCUUUGCAAAAAUCCUUCUAUUCGUCUCAGCCCUACAGGAGAUAUAGUUAAUCACUUCAACAGAAAUUCAAAAUCAAACUUCCACAUAAAUUCAGAGUUCUCUAUUGUCUAUUCAAUAGAAGUUUUCCAUCAAUUUGAUUAAAUAUGAUUAAGUCGAACCAUUGUUUUUUUUGUUGCUCUCCACACAAGUCUUAUACCUUUUGAUGCUAGCAAUUGUUUAUGUUGAUAAAAAUGAAAAAUUUAUUCUGGUAGGAUAAUUUUUCAAAUAUUUUCAAAACAUUUAUCACUUAAUAAUAUUUCUGCCCACUUUGAAUAUUACAUUUAAUUUUGCUUUAUCCUUAAAAUAUAUAGAACUGUCUAUUAUAGGAAUCAUUUUAGGUUUAUCACUAGAAAUUAUGUACUGUUUUUGUAAUAUUCAAAACAGUUUAAUUGAAAUUGAAGGCUGUUACUCCUCAAGACUGGUGAACUUAUUUUACCUAAUUAUGUAGCUUAUAAUUUGCUUUGUAGUGCAGAGCCAAGAAUAGUAUUUGGUGGCACCAAUUCUCUUGUUGUUUUCAAGAUUUAUCAUGAUUACAUAAAAGAUGAAUAACUAUCAAUAUAACAGUUGGUACUAUUUACAAAUCUCAAAUUUUAUCAUAUCGUAUAUAAUCGUGUUUUUGAUAAAAUAGUAUUGUAUUUAAACUUCAAUUCGGUAAAAGAGACUAGGUGAAGAAUUAUUUUCGAAAAAUUCAUAAACAAAUUUAUUCAAAUACAGUCUUUUUAAAAAUCCAGAAUUAGUAAAGUAUUUUACAUCAUACUCUUAAUUUUUUACAGCCACUCAAGAAUAGAAUGUCAUUAAAUACUAAAAACAUGUGUUGUAGAAUGGUGAUAUCCCUGAGAGAUUAACUAUCUUGUAGUAUGUUUUCAAGUACAAGAAAAUACAGCUCUAUCUAAAUUUAAUAAAUAUAGACAAAACAAAUUUAAGUAUUCUGUAAUAAUCUACUUUGGAGGCAAAUUUAUUAAAUGUCAUCUAAUACUGUGAUGGAUUAAUUAAAUCUCCUUUAAAUGUUAAUUUGUACAUUAAAACGCUUCUUUUAGAAUAAUAAAAUUAUUAACUCUUAAUUAAUUUUAUAGACAUAAAAAGCUAGUUCUAUCUCUUAUUGAAAAAGGAGUAAUCUUUGGAUCAAUACCUGAAUACGUUUAGAAUAUAGCUUGACAAAAUCUUAAGCACACUAGAGAAAUACAAGAAUAUCUUUGAAAGACAAUAUGACUUGGAAAGUGGAAGAUUAUUGGAAUUUCAGAAUUCAGAUUAAAUAUCUAUUAAUAUUGUAUCUUCAUUUUUGUUUAUUUUUUACAGUAAUUAUUUUAAAGUUAAAGAUCUCUGGAAGAAACAAAAUGAUUUGCUUGCCUACGAUAGGAUAAUGAACACUAAAUUUUAGAAGAAUGAAGCAUUCUUGUUGUCAUCUAGUUUUAUUAUGAAUUCCAAUAAUAUAAUCAAUAAAAAUAAUAAGAGGCUACUCCAAAUCAUAGGAGACCAACUCGAACCAAAACAAUUAGUUGAUUUGUUGCCAUAAUUUUAAAAAACCGUUUAUAAUAGUUUUGUCAAUCAGUAUUUGUAUUAAGGCCUAGAUAUAAAUUAGCCUUUGACUCUAUACUUUUAUAAAGAUGAAUAUUUAGUCGAAUGUAGUUUAUACAUCUAUGUAACAAUUAGUAAGGACGAUAUCAUAUUGUAAAAUUUAAUAGUAAUUAAAAACCAACCCAAUCAUUUUGCAUUAUUCGAUUCAGAAGGGAAGAUGUUGGGGAUCUCCUAAUAAAUAUAUGAAUUUUUUACAUCUAAGUCAGAUAAUGCAUUUACAAAAAAAUUAGGUGUUUCUGAAUUCAUCCAAUCAGGAAUGAUUCAAUAUUAUCUUCCAGAAAUAUACUCUCAUAUUCAAGAAUUAGCCACUUAAUAUUCUUUAGGAACAUUCCAACAAUCAGUGAAUAUUGCUUCUAGAUGGCAAUUCCCUGUAAAUCAUAAGAAGUGUCUUGACUAAACUUAAGCAUUAGGACUUGUCAACGAUGAAGCAACUAUUUCCUCGAAAUUUAAAAAAAUCUUUUAUUCAUCUUCCACAAAGCGCUUGCCUUCUUCUAAAUAACCUAAAUUAACAGAUGAAGUGCCCACCAUUAAAGACACAAAAAUAAAGAUUAUGCAAAUGCAAAUCAUGAACUAAAUACAAGCACUUGUAGUCCCCCCAUCACGAAUGAAAAGUAUUGACUUUGAAGGAUCAUUGGAAUUUGUACAACAGAAGUUUAUAGAGUCAGAUACAACCUACUUUGUUUUGAAAUUCAAAUAGAUAGAAGAAUUUUAACAAUAAAAAAUUGUUUAAAUUCCUUAGAUAGAAGAUAUCUAAAAUAUAUCUUUAAUCACCGAUGAGUCGUAAUUUGAAGGGUUGUAAUCAGAUUAUGAAUUCAUUUCCAAUCUUAUCAAAAGCAAGAAAUUGUAUACUCCAUUAAAGUACAACAUUUGGAUACUAUUAUUAAUGAUAUGUGUGACCACAAUUUCUUUACUGGUGAGUUAUCUGUUGAAUUAUUAUAAUAUGAUCCACUAACAAUAUGAUGUCAAUUUUUUGAAUACUCCAUAGGCUAUGACUUUCAACAUAGGAGCCUCAUUCAUGUUGAUGUGGAAUCAGUAUUGUAUUGAAAACUAACUGUAUCGAAUUAGUCCAUACUUAGAAUUUAGAAGAGAAAAUUAAUUAAUAUAUGUUUUUGAUUUCUGGGGCAGUGUACAUGAAGAAUAUACAAUGAACCUCAGUAAGAAGAGUACUCAGUUGGGGAUGGAUACCAUUGAUUUAAUUAGUUACUAGAAUGGCUAAAAGACUUAAUCUAGCUUGGAUUACUAUUAAUUUUAUACUAUUCUCAGAGAAGCACUGGUAAGGCAGUUUAAAAAAACAGACUUCAAGAAUAUCACGACUUUUGAUCCAGAUAUACUCAAGACUGAUGGAUUAAUUAGAUAGAAUAUGUUAAACAUAUUUAAAUUUCACAAUUUUGUACUAGAUGAUAUGAUUUCAUCAACUGAGUAAUCAUUUUCUUAAUUUGAGAACCAAACCUUUAUAUUUUGUGUAUAUUCUUCGAUAGUCAUACUAUUUCUGUUGAUUAUCUUCUUUAUUAUCAAUUGUAGAUUAUUAAGGACUGAGACCAAAUUAAUUAGACUUUUGUAAUAUUUAAACAUUAAAAUUAUUCAAGAAUAGAUAGAAAUUUUGCAUUUUUAAAAAGACCAAUUAUCAAAACUAUUACUGAUAUAAUCGUAAUCAAAAGAAGAACCUGUCACUUAAAAACCAAGUGAGAAAGCUAUUGCAAAUUAACCAAAAUUCAAUCCACUAAGCAAAUUGGAAAAUUACAAUGAAAAGUACACUUUGUUGAUAAUCUUGUCAUUGAUUAUUGGUUGCGAACUGAUAUUGUUUAUAUUUGGAUCUCAAUUGAUUUCCAAAUUAUAUAAUAGCCAAUAUUAAAGUAGCUUAAUCCUUACUAUGAAGUAUCUGAAACUGAAGUCAAGACUUGAUUCUGCAGUAAUUGUAGGGGAAGUCAUGAAGACUGAACAUAUAAUCAAAAAUAAUAGUGCAAUAGAUUACAUAAAUUAAACUGAUCAUAUUGAAUUCUUUUUCAAUAAUAUUGAUGUUUUGCUCCAUCUUUCAGAUUAGAUCAAUAAUGAACUAGUCACCACAACCUCGUAUAAUUAAUCAUUUCAGCAACAAUUAAUUGAUAUCUUUAAUGAUGAUCUCUGUACUUACUAUGCCAGCAUAUUGAGUUUUUGCUAAAUAAGUAACAUCAAAUAGCUAUAUUUUGAAAAUGAAAAUUAUCUCACUUUGAUUGAUAAAGGUAUUUAUGGGAUAAUUUAAGACUUAAAUAAAUUAUCCAAAGAGGAGUUCAACUUUGAAAAAGUUAAUUUACGUUAUGAGUAUGAUUAGAGUCAUUCAGACUAAUUUCUGUAAUCAUCUCUUCAUUUUCAUUUAUUUCUACAAUACUUUAUUGAACUGCAAACUUGCAUCUAUUUUUGUUUCUUAGAUAUUUUUACUGAAACACAGAUAUUAAGCAACAAAUUAUCAAAUUAAAUCUUAACUUAUCUAAUCACUUCAUCAGUUGCAUUUCUCAUCUUUACUUCUUUUGUGUCAGCUUUUUGGAUUAACAAAUAGUAUAACAGAUUAAAUCAAUUGAAAUUGAUUGCUACAUUGUUUCCACCUGCCUUAAUUCAUCAGAAAGGAUUUAAUAAAUUGUUGUACUCCUAAUUAAUACAGAUUAAAUGA